GCCGUUAAAGUCCGUUACCACUUGUUGCAGCGUUGUUUUAUUGUUUUUUGGAGUACUAGGCAAAAUAUUUGAAGAAGAUGGAAGAGUUUCACAAACGCUACUCUACAAUAUGUCGAGAACAUCAUGUAUUUCCAUUAGAAAGUGUUCUAAAUCAUAUUCGAAGCUAUGCAGACGGCGAACAGUUUCGUGAAAGUAGAUCAACGCCUGAGAGUGCGACGAAAUUAGAUCUUUCCUGUUGUAACCUCACUCCAGAGGAUUGUAAUGCACUUGUUAGCGUUCUUACAGAUGACCUGUUCUUUGAAGAGCUAAAUCUUUCCGACUGUCUGCUUAGCGAAGAAUCAAGCAAAAUCAUUCUUAGAGGCUUGAUAGACAAUAAAGCCGUCAAACGGUUGAACUUGAAAGGGAAUAACAUUCGCGCUGGGGCUGCAGAAAUCUUGGGUCAGUUCCUGAAGAGAAAUGAGUGUGUUCGAAGUCUACUUAUCGAGUGGAAUUCGCUUGGCUUGUGGGAUAAUGGAAUGAGAGCUAUUUGUGAGGGACUGGCUCACAAUCAAGCGUUAUUAUUUCUCGAUUUGAGGAAUAAUCAGAUUACCCAUGAAGGAGCAAGUCAAAUCGCUGUUGCAUUAAAACGUAACCAAUGUUUAAGAGGUCUAGAUUUACGCUGGAAUAAUAUCGGCCUCCUUGGUGGAAGGGAAUUACUGGAAGCUUUGAAGUUUAACAAAAGGCUUGUGGGGUUGGAACUCACAGGGAACAACAUUCCUCAAGAUAUUGUUCAGGCUUUGUCUGUUGCUAUCCAACAGAACAGUGACAGACAAGUAGCUUUUGAAGAACAUCAGGCCCAAACUGAGGCUUUAACAAGAGAAUUGGAAAUGACACAAGAGAAAAAAAGACAGGAGGUGAUGAGUUUGAAGGAAGAAAUUGACCAACAGAGAUCCAGUCAGGAACAGCUUAACAGAAGUAUGCAAACCAAGAUUGAUCACUUGAGAACAGCUUUGGAUGAAAGGAAAGCAGCAUUUGAUUCAUUAUCAUCAAAAUUGUCCACCACCAACUCUGAAUUACUUUUGUCCAGAAAAAUGUUCUCUGAACAGAAGCUUGCAGUUCAGACAUUAACUGAUGAACUGCAAGAGGAAAAGGAAAGCAAGGCUGCAACAGAACUCCUCCACAGAAAGAAAAUGAAUGAGGUUCUGGAGAAAAAUCAGGAGUUAGAAAAAACAAUCAACAUUCUUGAAAGAAGAAAUAAGAGCCAUGAGAAUAAGAUAAGUACUUUAGAGAAAGAUAUUGAAGCCAUGGAAACCCAGUUUGCUGAUAGGGGAAAGGCUAGUGAUAAAAAAUUCCAGGAAGAGCUUCUGAAUACUGAAAGAAGGCUACAAAAAGAAGUAAGCAAUUUGCAGCAGAAAGCUCUGGAAUAUCGUGAAGCCACAAAAGAAAAGAUGAUGAAGUUGGAGGAAGAGAAAACUGCAUUUGAAGAGGAGGUUAGCACUUUGAAAUCUCAGUUGGUCUCGUUGAGGAUCUCCUCAGAUGAAGAACUCCGUAACACAAAGACAAGGUUAAAACAAGAUGAAAUUACUAGAUCCCGACAGUAUGAUGAGCAUAUAUCUCAAAUCCAGCAAUCACAGAGUGAGCUUCAAAUCCAAAACACAAAACAGUUGACACAGAUCACAGAUUUGCAGUCUCAGCUUAAUUCUACACACAGAGAUAGUGAAAUGUUGAGGAGGCAGAUGGAAACUUUGAAGCAACAACUGGAACAGAAAGAUGCAGAUUACAGAAAUGAGGUCAAUCGGUCAAGAAUUGAACUUGACUCAGAAAGGAAAACUCAGUCUGAGCUACGAGAUAAAAUUUCUGAUUUGGAAAGUAGAAUAGCUGAAAUGACAAGAAGACACAGGGAUGCUAUAAGCAUAAAGGUCAGUGAAUUGGAACUACUAAAGGAACAGCUCAGAUGCAAAGAAAAUGAAAUCAAAAAAAUUCAUGAUGAAGAAAUGAAGAGAGCUGAACUUCUUGAGAAAGCCAUAUAUAGCUAUGUAUCUAGCACUAAAAAUUCUUCACUCUCUCCUCACCAAUCUUAGUGGAAUCACUGUUAGAUUGGUAAUGUUCUUGUCAUGAUUAAACACUUGUCCCAUUCUGCUAUUUCUCAAAAAAUGUCUCCAUUGAUAAGUAAAGAAUUGGAUUACUCAUGUCAAUUUGCAAUCAUUUGAUUAUAGCCUCAGUUCAGUGUAAACUGAAUUGCAAAACUUAAGGGCUAUUUUCAAUGCACCUGCACUUAAAUAAUUUGACAUGACGCAAACAGGUUGUUUUGAAAGAUGAAGUUUUUAGUACAAAUAAAUUAUGUUCAAUGGAAAAUAUAAUUGCAAUCUAAAAAAAUUGUACUUCCCAAAUUCCCACUGUGAUGAGGAAAGUCAACCGUUGCAAAUUAAUGUCAGUCUUAAGUAAUCAAAAAAGUGACAAGUCUUGUUGAACUCGGGUUACAUCUGAAAAGUUGACUUUUCUCAUUUAAUUUAGAAUCCUGAAAAAAGAUGGACUAUGUGGUUGCUGACUAACGAUUAUUUUGUCAGUAAUUAUUCUGUAAUUUCAGAGCAAGCUGAGGGUCUAGACUGUUACCCAGUUUCUAGUUUCUAAUCAUUGUAUUAAAUUUUUUAUUAAGUAAUCUGAAAUUUAACACAGUGUUCAAUUUUAUUUUCCCAACAAGGCAUCAGACAUAGAUAUUUGAAAAUUUAUAUUGUUAGUUAUGUGGCUUUUCAAAACUUAGAUAAAUGAAAAAGGAGUUUUAAACUAUUAUAAAGCGAAAUAGGAUUGUAUAGCACAUUCAGUAACACAAAGUGUGUUCAAAAUAUUAAUUUUCUUUAUGAGAAUUGUAUUGUAUUUGUACCUUGUAAAAGAAGCUUUGAUAAAAUUUACUCUUAAAGUAAUGUUGACAUCCAAUACUUUGCUUUAGUCUUGACAAAUCUAUACUGUGAGGCAGUUGUUCCUUUUCCAGAGAUUUAAUCUGAAGACCAGUAUCAUUUGUACAAGCAGAGAGGACAUACUAUGUUUUUCUGUUGGUGAAGAGUUGUUCUAACACGUGUCUUUCGACUAGUCUUGAAUUGCAAGUCUUUAAAUGAGCCAUUAAAUGCAGAACCAGUGAUAA